UAUUUAAUUUUAAGGAACUGAUUUACAAUCAAAAGUGAAUCAUAUUAAAUUAUCGACGGUGCCAUUAUGCCUCAUCUAUUUAUCAUUUUAAUUAUUAUCUUAGAGCUUUUCAAUAAUAAUCAUGGAAUUCAAAAACAAAUCAGAAAACAAUAAAGCGGCAUGAGGACAUCAUCUGCAUUUUGGUACGCCAGAUAUCGUUUUUCGGAUGCCAAGGUUAGGAAAGACGGAAUGAUGAAGAUGACAGGUGGAACGACCUUGAUUGCAUUCACAACACUUCUUCUGACAUUAAUUUUCCAGGCGUGGUGCCAAGACUUUUCCCCGUACCCCUGCAGUUAUAAGUGCAAAAAAUCAAUGUGCGACUUACAUGGAAAUUGCAUGGAAUGCGCUGACCAAAAUUUCACUGGUAGUACAUGUGAUAGAUGCAUUGAAGGAAAAUAUGGGUAUCAGUGUGACUUAAAUUGCCCGCUAAGAUGUUUAUCUUGUGAUUCUGCAACUAAAUGUAGUUCAUGUAAAAAAGGGUUUAAUGGUCUCACGUGCUCCGUGAAGAUGGAAUGCCCUGAUAAUUGCUACAACGAUGCUUGUUUAAGCUCGGGUAUAUGUGAAUCAUGCAAGAACGGAUUCUUUGGGCAUUAUUGCAAUAUGUUUUGUUCAGAAAAUUGCAAAUACAGUACUUGCUCUCAGGAUGGUACUUGUAUUAACGGCUGUAAGGAAGGAUUUCGUGGAGCAAGAUGUGAACAAAAGACUUGUCCUGUUAAUUGCAAUCAAAACAAUAGGUGCUUUGGAUGUUAUGUUAGUAAUUUCGGGCCUUCAUGUUCUCUUACCUGUAGCUUAUGUAAAGAUAACGAAUGCUCAGAACACCAUCUUAAAGCCGUGAAAUGCGUCUCUCCUAACGGUGGAUUUAUUGGUUGCAUUCAAGCGUACGGCCAAUUCAUACUUGAAUGUGAGACUGGGUACCAAUGGACAGAUGCAGGAUGUAUUGAUGCAUCCGACGCAAGCCCAAUCGAUAAAGACAAUGGUGACGCUGCUGGAACGUCUGGAGCAGCAAUAGGUGGCGUUGUUGGUGGUGGUGUCUCCCUUCUCGCAAUUGCCCUUGCCAUCGGGAUGUUCAUCCGUAUGUGGAGAAGACGAAGAAAGGACAGUAACGGCGGCAUAGAAGGAGACGCUCGAGCAGACGAAGAAGCUAGAACAUACGAACCGCUACAAAAACGGACAGAACAACCAAUUUACCAGAAUGCCAAUGACAAUGGCACUGACAAUUAUGCGGUGUUGUUUGCUGAUACAAAUUUUUAAUCCGUUUUUCUUUUCGAAUUACUUACAUAACAUCGUAUGUGUUUGUGAGGUGUAAUCUAUUAGAGUGUAAAAUUUGAAUGACAUAUUAAUGCUUCUGUCAUGAAAAUUAUACAUGAAUAUAACGUAAAACAAGUAUUUUAAAUGCCAUGAUGAACGUAGAUCAUGAAUAAUUCGUGUCAAAACUUUAAAACAUCUUAAUUUUUCUUGCCCUGUGCAUAUAGAUAUCAAUGUAUUCGAAAAUUGUUUUAUGUUGAAUGAAUCAUGCUAUCUGCUGUUUUGUUUGUAAGUUUGACUUAUUCCAAGAUUCCUGUAUACUUGUAUGUUGAUGUUAUUCCUGGGUUUGCUAGCGUCAUCAU